AUCUUUAAUAUAAAAUAUCUUUGAUAUGGCUGAACUGUCGCGCGGUAUGACGUCAGAAUUAUGUUUUCGUUUUCCCGUGUUGUGAAUUUGCGGCGCUGGAAAUUCAUGCAGCUAUCUUCUUAAUGGACAAUAACACCGUCGUAACGCGCUAAAAUUAAAACAUUUUCGUGGUAGCGUUGACUGUUUAUAUGUUGUGUUGACUUUUUUGGCGUAGGACAGGUGAUGUCAGUCUCGAAGGUGAUGGAAAUAGGAGGGUUUCUUUACUCUGUGGGCAAAAGUGCAAACCGCUUUGCUUCCGGGUUGGACGUCCAGUCGGUGUCCGCCUGAAUAACAGUUGGCCCAUGAUGGACAAGAAGGAUGAAGUAAUUGCUAAUUUGAAGCGGUUUGACAUCGGAAGCACCUUCUCCUACCUGCCCGUCCUGCCCAAAGCCUCCGUCCUGGUCCCGCUGUUCGUGCGCCAAGGAGAGCUGCACGUCCUCAUGACCCUGCGCUCAAAACAGCUGCGGAGCGGUGCCGGGGAGGUGUGUUUUCCAGGAGGGAAGCGGGACCCCGGUGACAGAGAUGACACAGACACUGCCCUGAGGGAGGCACAGGAGGAGAUCGGGCUUCCGCCUGAGCAGGUCCAGGUGGUCUGCACACUGUUUCCUAUUAUCAACAAGAGCGGGCUACUGGUGACCCCAGUUGUUGGAUUCAUAGAGGAGUCAUUUUGUCCCCGUCCCAACCCCACUGAGGUGAGUGCCGUGUUCACCGUCCCUCUGGACUUCUUCACCAGGGAGAGGGACCACACCGCCUGCAGCCUCCCUGAGACAACCGGCUUCUUGCACAGUUUCCAUUAUACGAGCCCUGAUUCAGGAGACCGCUAUCACAUAUGGGGUCUGACUGCCAUAUUGGCCACGGUGGUUGCAGUCCUUGCUCUCAGGAGAAAGCCCGAGUUUGAUGUUGGGUUUGACUCCGAGGACCCGCUGACAUUCUUCCAGCAGAAUCUAAACAGAAGAAUCAGUAAACUAUGACUGAGACGUUUUCCAAUCAUCUUCAUGUUUGUUCCAUUAUAAAGUUAUUUAAUUCAGAACUGACUGUGGCUGCUGGCCCAGCAUACAACUACAGACCAGUUGAGAUUCCUAAAGAGUAAAUAUGGUUUAAUGAAGAGUGUUUUCUAUUUGUGUGGAUAUGUUGUUGUUAUUCAAAAGAAUUAAAAUUCAUC